AAACGCUAUUUAGACGAGAGGUUCGGCGCGGGUGGAACGCUUUGGGCAGGAAGAACGCGUGGCGAUUUGGUGCGGUGUUGGGGUAAUGCGGUACGGCGGUGCAUAACGUAAAAGUAAAUUCGCGGCUGUCGGAACGAAACAGUUCGUGGCCGCAGGUGAGCGAGCGAACGACCCGGCUGCUCGCUCGAAAGAGUCGAUGAUUCGUGCGACGCGCGGACGUGGAUACACAUCCGUCCCGUACUCCUGAUCCGUCCGACCGCAGACUUGUUUCGGCGUAGUGGAUUUGCAAUCUUGUAAGAGAGAGCAUUUUGGCGGUAGGUCGAGAAGAAGCGGAAGGCACCGGUCUCGCAACGGACGCACGAGCGGUGAACGCGCGUUUCGUCGUGCGACGAUGUGCUGCGCCGAACUUCGCGCUCCCACCGAGUCGAUGAUGAACCCAGAACGUCGAGGGAUCGAGCCUGGUCGCCGCGUGUGAUACCACGAAAGCAACUCACAGGGGUCGCUGUGCAAACGAGCUUCUGACAGGAUGAAGUCUACCUGAGGAGGAGACUUUACAUCGGUCUGCGCGUUUAUAUAUCGGUUCACACGUUCCAUCCGAAUUGCGCACUUUGUCUGUCACGUCGAUCUCUCAUCGAAGAUUACAUUAUGUCCAAGUACAACAUCAACGAGGAAUACGACAUGGAGAACCGUAGAGAGGUCACGCUGACCGGUUUCAGCAGUAACGCGAUCGACGAUGUUCUUCGUAGUAACAACAACGAGCCCAAUACGUUGAACGGCAAUCCAAGCAGCGCUCAUGCCAUCACCAAAGACGCGAAGAUUGUUAAUCUCGAAGUACCACAAAAUUCUAACACGAGUGCUCUAUGCACUUCCGGAAGAAGGUGGCUCUAUCGACGAGUUAGAAGGUCUUGCAGGCGAAAGCUGCUAUUCAAGAGAAUACCCAUCCUAACGUGGUUGCCAAAUUACCAGAAGGAAUAUGUAGUGAGCGAUCUAGUAGCUGGUAUCACCGUAGGUCUCACCGUCAUACCACAAGCCAUAGCGUACGCUAACGUCGCGGGAUUACCGUUACAGUAUGGACUCUAUUCGUCUUUCAUGGCCUGUUUUGUGUACACAAUUUUCGGGUCUUGGAAAGACGUGCCUGUCGGACCAACCGCAAUCGCCGCGAUUCUAACGAGAGAAACUUUACAAAAGGCUCAUCUAGGACCUGAUUUUGCUAUUUUAUUAUGUUUCAUCUCAGGCUGCGUCUCCUUAUUAAUGGGCAUUUUGCAAUUAGGUUAUUUACUGGAUUUUAUAUCGGGGCCAGUAUCCGUUGGUUUCACAUCGGCAGCGUCGAUUAUCAUCGCCACCAGCCAAGUAAAAGAUAUUCUUGGGCUGAAAGUUACCGGUACCAAGUUUGUACAGGUCUGGCAAAGUAUCUUCGAGCAUAUUGGUGAGACAAGGCGUUGGGAUACCACUUUGGGAAUUGUUUGCAUAAUCGUUCUUCUACUUCUCCGAAAAGUAAAGGAUUUGCCGGUGGUGCCAAAAAAUACUAAAGUACCAUCGCGGUUUCAACAAGUUAUCACGAAGUCGUUCUGGCUAAUCUCUACUGCUAGAAACAUCAUUAUAGUGAUUCUCUGCGCUGUGAUGUGUUGGCUUCUCGAAAAGCACCUAGGAGAAUCGCCCGUUAUUUUAACGGGCCAUGUAAAGCAAGGACUACCGGAAUUCCGGUUGCCACCUUUUGAAGCUCAGGUCGGAAAUGAGACCUAUACUUUCAUCGACAUGAUUUCCGCUCUGGGCACUGGUUGUCUAGUCGUUCCCAUGCUAAGUCUGCUAGAAACCAUUUCUAUCGCCAAAGUAUUUUCCGAGGGUAAGUCUGUAGACGCCACUCAGGAAAUGUUGGCGUUGGGUGCAUGCAACGUGGUAUCAUCGUUUGUAUCAUCAAUGCCUGUGAGCGGCGGCCUCAGUCGAGGCGCAGUCAACCACUCGUCCGGGGUGAAGACGACGCUUGGUGGAGUCUAUACUGGACUAUUAGUGCUUAUAUCGUUGCAGUUCCUCACACCCUAUUUGUACUACAUACCGAAGGCUGCCCUGGCAGCCGUCAUAAUUGCCGCGGUCGUCUUUAUGGUGGAAUUUCAGGUGGUGAAGCCAAUGUGGCGAAGCAAAAAAAUUGAUCUCAUACCGGCCAUAACCACGUUCCUAUGUUGUCUUUUCAUACGACUUGAACUGGGCAUUGUAAUUGGCAUCGGUAUAAAUCUUUUGUUCCUACUUUAUGCCUCGGCCAGACCGACAUUACGAGUUCAUAAAGCUACGAGUAUCAGUGGUUGUGAAUAUCUUGUCAUAACUCCGGACCGAAGUCUGGUGUUUCCAAGUGUCGAGUAUGUACGAACAGUCAUCAGCAAGCAGGGAUUACGAGAGGGUACCGCAGUACCCGUUGUAAUAGAUUCUACGCAUAUCCAGGCUGCCGAUUUCACUGCUGCAAAGGGUAUCAAAAGUUUAAUAGAAGAUUUUACUAAACGGAGCCAACCAUUAAUUUUUCAUAACUUGAAACCGAGCAUUAUUGAAAUCUUUAAAGGUGUAAAACCUUCAGGGCUCACGUGCAGCUCCAGCGAGCUCGAACUCAAUGAUCAUCUUAAAGAAUAUACGAAUGUUUCAACCGAGACUCUCAAUCGAUAUUAA